UCUCUCACCGACCGGCUCGUUCUUGAAACCCUACGUGAUCAUCAUACUUCAUCAUAUCUUAGGAAUAAUACCUAGUAUUACUAUCUCAACCCAUGAUCUACUUCAUAUUUAUUCAUCUAUCAAGAUAAGACCAGCAACUACCUACACAUAUUCAUAACAAUGGCGAGCAAUAGUUUAGCGCCGCCAACGCUGGCGAUCGAUACACGAACGCGUCCAAGGAGCGAUACUAAUGAAACCAGGGUGGUGACGCCUGCUGGUUCCUUUGUCUCUAAUAUUUCCAACAUAUCGAAUCCUUUUCUAACGCCAGCUCACUCUAACCCUUUCCAAACACCAGUCCCGUCCGACUGUGGAGCAAGUGUGUUAUCGGUGGACCCCGAAGCAGCUCUCCGUCCAGAUCCCGGCUCGGAGGCGGAUUUCCAUGUCGAAAAUAACCCGUUUGCUUUCAGCCCGGGUCAGUUAAACAAACUUCAAAAUCCAAAAUCUUUACCCGCAUUUCAGGCGCUGGGCGGCAUCUCCGGAAUAGCACGUGGACUGCAGUCCGAUAUUAAUGCCGGCCUAAGUGUCGACGAGGCAACAGUACGAAAAUCUAUCACGUUUGAGCAGGCCGUGAGGAGGACGUCAGAUAAAUUUAUAGAGACGCCGGAGCGGACACCUCAACCCGGAUCUGACCCCUUCGUUGACCGAGCAAGAGUCUUUGGCAAGAAUAUUUUACCAGCGAAGAAAGCCACGCCGAUAUGGAUACUCAUGUGGAACGCCUAUAACGAUAGGGUCAUCAUCCUAUUAACGGUAGCCGCAAUAAUAUCACUAGCACUUGGCCUUUACGAAACUUUCGGGACGACCCCUGAACCAGGAGGACCACCAUCUGUAGACUGGGUUGAAGGCGUCGCAAUCAUUAUUGCUAUACUUAUCGUUACGCUUGUAGGCUCGCUCAACGACUGGCAGAAGGAACGCGCUUUCGUCAGACUUAACGCCAAGAAAGAAGACCGCGAGAUUAAAGUUGUUCGUUCUGGGAAGUCAUUCAUGAUUAAUGUUCACGACGUCCUGGUUGGAGAUGUCCUGCACCUGGAACCCGGCGAUCUCGUUCCUGUCGACGGAAUUUACAUUAACGGUCACGGCUUGAAGUGCGAUGAAUCUUCAGCGACAGGUGAAUCCGACGCAAUUAAAAAGGUACCCGGUGGGCAAGUUAUGAAAAUGCUGGAAUCAGGCGCGAGUCAAAAAGAUCUCGACCCCUUCAUUAUUUCAGGAUCCAAGGUCCUUGAAGGUGUCGGCACGUUCCUCUGCACUUCUGUCGGCGUCCACUCAAGCUUCGGAAAGAUUAUGAUGUCUGUUCGAACAGAUAUCGAAGCAACCCCCCUUCAGAAGAAACUCGAAAGACUCGCCGUUGCUAUCGCAAAACUAGGUAGUACAGCAGCUGGUCUUCUCUUCUUCGUCCUACUAUUUCGUUUCCUCGGCGGCCUCUCAACGGACACGCGUUCUAGCUCGGGGAAGGCCUCCGCCUUUUUGGACAUCCUAAUCGUGGCCGUGACCAUCAUCGUUGUGGCUGUACCUGAAGGGUUGCCCCUGGCGGUUACUUUGGCGCUGGCCUUCGCCACCACUCAAUUACUGAAGGAAAACAACCUCGUCCGUGUGCUACGCGCCUGCGAAACGAUGGGCAACGCCACCGCAAUUUGUUCCGAUAAAACGGGAACAUUGACAACCAACAAAAUGACAGUUGUCGCGGGAACAUUCGGCCAAUCAAGCUUUGCCAAAUCUGAAAAUGAGAAGCCCGGUAUCCAGAGCAUCUCCCAAUGGGCGACCGGCCUUAGUCAAAAAACCAAGGACGCUAUUGUGCAAUCAGUGGCUAUUAACUCCACCGCCUUUGAGGGCGAGGAAGAUGGUCAAUUCGCUUUUAUUGGCUCCAAGACUGAGACAGCACUGCUCCAGCUAGCAAGGGACUACCUUGGGAUGCAGUCAUUGGCUGAGACCCGCAACAACGAACAGGCAAUUCAAAUGAUGCCUUUUGACUCAGCUAAGAAGUGCAUGGGCGCAGUCAUCAAGCUACGAGAUGGUUCUGGAUAUAGGCUCUUAGUGAAAGGAGCUUCGGAAAUCCUCUUAAAUUAUUGCAGCGCAAAGGCAGAUAUUCAGUCUCUUGCUACAAGCGAAUUUUCAAAUGACGAUCGUGAUGGCAUAACAUCUAUCAUUGAUUCUUAUGCUAAGGGAUCGCUGAGGACUAUCGGCAUCGUAUACAAAGACUUUGAGAGUUGGCCACCUACCGACGCCGAGAUAGAAGAUGGCCACGUAAAAUUCAGCUCAGUACUAAAGAACCUCGUUUGGUUUGGUUUAGUUGGUAUCCAGGAUCCUGUGAGACCAGGUGUCCCCGAAGCGGUUCGAAAAGCUCAACUUGCUGGCGUUGUGGUUCGCAUGGUCACCGGAGAUAACGCUGUCACUGCUCAGGCUAUCGCAGCCGAAUGUGGUAUUUACACCGAUGGCAUUAUCAUGGAAGGCCCUGAUUUCAGGAGACUCAGCCAAGAUGAGAUGGAUGCCAAACUGCCCAAACUACAAGUACUUGCGCGCUCGUCACCUGAGGAUAAGAGGAUUCUAGUCGCGAGACUCAAGGCUCUUGGAGAAACAGUAGCUGUUACUGGAGACGGCACCAACGACGCUCCAGCUCUUAAGACUGCCGAUGUCGGGUUUUCGAUGGGCAUCUGUGGAACUGAGGUGGCUAAGGAGGCUUCGGAAAUUGUGCUGAUGGACGAUAACUUCGCUUCUAUUCUUACUGCUCUCAAAUGGGGACGAGCAGUUAACGACUCCGUCCAGAAGUUUCUUCAGUUUCAAAUUACCGUCAAUAUCACCGCCGUCCUUCUUGCCUUCAUAUCUGCCGUUGCCGACCCCGACAUGCAUUCCGUACUUACUGCCGUGCAGUUACUCUGGGUAAACCUCAUCAUGGAUACCUUUGCAGCCCUCGCACUCGCAACAGACCCUCCAACCGAAAAAGUUCUUGAUCGCAAACCCCAACCGAAGAGUGCACCCCUCAUCACAACCAAUAUGUGGAAAAUGAUUGUCGGACAGGCGAUUUACCAGCUCAUCAUUACAUUAAUUCUACACUUCGCCGGUGCUUCCAUCCUGGGCUAUGAUCCCAAUAACCAAACCCAGAAGACUGAGCUCAACACUAUGGUCUUCAACACGUUCGUAUGGAUGCAAAUAUUCAACGAGUUUAACAACCGACGCCUGGAUAACAAGUUGAACAUCUUCGAAGGUGUACUUCGCAACAAAUUCUUCAUUGUAAUCAACUUUAUUAUGGUGGGCGCUCAGGUUGCCAUUGUCUUCGUGGGAGGCGCUGCGUUCGAAAUCACUGCUAUCAACGGCGUGCAAUGGGCUAUCUGCCUGAUUGCAGCAGCCAUUUCACUCCCGUGGGCUAUUGUUAUACGACUAUUCCCAGACGCCCUUUUCGCCAGAAUCACUGAGAUCGUAACCGCACCUGUCGUCGCUGUAUAUAAGCUUCUGGUUAGAUUCUUUUCCAAGAUCGGCGCUGUCUUUAGCAGGAUGUGGAAGUCGAAGAAGACGGAAUCGUCAUCGGAAGAAGAGCAAGAAAAUGAUACAACUCGAGAGAAAGACGCAGCUCCCGAGAUCGUGGUUUCCGAUGGCGUUCUCUCGAAUAAUAACCCGGAAAUACAAAUAAUAGAGGAUCUAGAACAGGGGCGAAGAUAAAACAUAGGUAUAUACCUAUGUAUGGUUUUUAUUUGUAUAUUAGAUAGAACAUUUGACAUUUAGCGACGAGUUUUGGAUUUAUGUUAAUGCAUUUACGCAACUAAGCGGAUGAACUUCAAAUAUGGACAUUGAAUUAGGCAUGGUGAAUGGGAUCUAGUAAAUUAGAAUGCGCCAUAGGGUUAGCAAUUAUUUACCACAUGUAUAAAACUAGUUAAAAUCAUGGACCUUGUAGAGAAAAGAGAAAAGAAGGUAGUUCUAUUG